UAUGAUUGUGAAGUCAGAUGUUCCUAUCUGGUGGAAAUAGAAACUAAGGAAGAAUCUGAUUGGCUGGCCCAGGCUUUUCUUUUUAAAGACACGUGUCCUUCAGAUAUAUACCUUAGUUGCUUUGCUUGGACUGGAGGUAAUGAUAUAAUAGUGGAAGGUAGAUACCAGUGGAGCCACUCGAACACGUCUAUAGACUUCACCAACUGGUUUGGAAUUGAACCUUACAGUCCACACGGGGAAGACUGUAUUCAGCUACUCAUGAAUGGUGAAUGGAAUGAUGGAACAUGUUCUGUCAAGACUCCAUAUAUUUGUGAGAAGUCUGAUGGAAGCUAA